GGUGUUAAGAAGAUUGGACUUGCGUAAACAUGAUUGUAUCCAUGCAGGAUUUUUGGCUUUCACUCCUCCAUAAAAGAUUACUUGGCACCAAAGUCCUAGCAGUACACCGUGCUUACUACCUUCCAGAAAUGGUGAGAAUCUUUGCCCACUGUACCAACACGAAAGCUGGGUACACGCAAGGCGCCAUAUCGUUUAUGGCUAUAAAUUUACAUCCGAAAAGACGAGCGGAGAUAACGUUUUCGGAGAGCCUUCAAGGACUUGGUUUAGAAGAAUAUCUUUUCACUCCAGAGGAAUCCAUAACCUCCAGAAAGAUAAGACUUAAUGGCAAGUUGCUUGAGAUGGGUGUCGACUCGUCAUUUCCAGUCUUCCAACCGAAUCCAGUUCCGCCAGGCGAUCCCCUGAUCCUUCCACCCCUGACGUAUGCUUUCUACGUUGUUCCUGAAGCUAAUGCAUUGGCGUGCUUGGAGCCAUGAUGGAAGGAUAUCUGACAACCUAGAAAUUUUAAACAUUUUAAAACUCUUUGGUUUUGUGACAAUUUUCAGCCUACGAAAGCUGAGCUUGAUUACAGACGUCGCUCAAAUCCCGUGGAAAUGGAUUAUGGAAGACGAGCGAUACACUGUAAGAAAUACAGCAUGGAAGAGAGACAAAUAAAUUCAGGAAUUACUAAAAGAAAAAAGAAACGACAAAAAAAAAAAAUUCCUCUUCUUGUUGUUGUGGUCUUUUCGGGUGAUCUUGCUUGUUGUAUGAGGGAGUUAAAAAAAUGGUUUGCA